CGAAGAACGAUGAAGAUGAACAGCAAACCGCGGCUUUCCCCUCCCCUCUUCUCUCUCUGAAGAAGCAGGAGACGAAUACGAAGACGCUGCAGCGGGAGGAGCUGUGGCAUGGAACAAGAGCUGGCCAUGCUCCGCCAGCUCAUUGCCCAGCUUCAAGACCUCUUGAACUUCUACGGCUCUCCUCCUCCGCCGCCUCCGCCGCCGCUCCGCCAUCACCACAACCACCACCUCCUCCUCCCUCACAGUGACAGAUGUUGUGUCCUCAAUGUGGAAGACGGCUCUGCAGAUGACUACUGCGGACUCUUGAUGGCUGCCGAAAAGCCUGAAACUUUCACAAUGUUGGAACCCACCAAUCCUCCACCCUCAAAGAAAAUACGGAAGGAGCGCAAUACUCGAGGCAAAUUUCCAUGCUCUACAAGCACAACAGAAGCCAUGGAAGCUGAAAUCUGGAAGGAUUUCCCAGAAGACCUCUUACAACCUGUAAUCGCCCGGCUACCCGUUCCCACGUUCUUCCAGUUCCGUUCAGUCUGCAAGAACUGGAACUCGUUGCUGCACUCUGAGAGCUUCUCCCAACACUCCACGCAGGCUCCACAACCCGACCCAUGGUUCUACACCAUCACUCACGAGAAUGCGAACUUGGGAGCCAUGUACGACCCUUCCUCGAAGAAAUGGUACCACCACCCUACGAUUUCCUCUCUCCCUGAUAAGGCCAUUGUCUUUCCGGUCGCUUCAGCAGGAGGGCUGGUCUGCUUCCUGGAUAUCGGUCAUAGAAACUUCUACGUCUGCAACCCUCUGACUGGUUCUGUCAGAGAACUGCCUGCCCGUUCAGUCAAGGUAUGGUCUCGUGUUGCUGUCGGGAUGACCUUCAACCGUAAUGCGUAUAAGAUUCUAUGGGUGGGUUGCGAUGGUGAGUACGAGGUUUAUGACUCAAUCAGCAACUCAUGGACUCGACCCGGUUCAAUGCCAGCCAGCAUCAAGCUGCCAUUAUCUCUCAACUUCCGGUCUCAGGCAGUUUCAGUUGAGAACACAUUGUACUUCAUGCGUUCAGAUCCUGAGGGGAUUGUCUCGUAUGAUGUGGCUUCCGGAAUGUGGUCCCAAUUCGAGAUACCAGGCCCAUUACACCUGAGUGACCAGGCACUGGCGGAGUGUUCUGGCCGGAUCAUGCUGGUGGGCCUGCUGUCCAAGAAUGCGGCGACCUGCGUGUGCAUAUGGGAACUGCAGAGGAUGACGAUGCUAUGGAAGGAGGUAGACAGAAUGCCAAACUUGUGGUGCUUAGAGUUUUAUGGGAAGCACGUGAGGAUGACUUGCUUGGGCAACAAGAAAGGUUUGCUCAUGCUGUCAUUGAGGUCGAGACAGAUGAACCGGCUCGUCACGUAUGACGUGGCGAGCGGUGAGUGGGAGAAGGUCCCCAGUUGCAUGGUGCCACGUGGCGGGAGGAAGAGGCAGUGGGUCGCCUGCGGCACUGCGUUUCAGCCUUCACCUACCGCCGUGGCUUGAUACUCAUCAAACUCCCUCUCUGUACUGGUAAUGCUUUUUCCUCGUUUUUGUGUGUGUUUGGUCGACAACGAACGAUCUGUAAGACUGUAACUGUAUGUAUCCUGUUAUGUUUUUCAACUAGAAGACGGUGCAUUCGUUUUUCUUUGAUUUGUAACCGUUGAUUGUACAAACUAUGUCGAACAAAUAACUUGUCAUGUUUGCAGAGACAAAUGAAUUGCUUGCAUAUGG